AUGCUUUAUUUACCUAACGAUCAAGCUAGCGAUGAUUUGAACUUCGCAGAGCCGUUAAAAAUAAAAAAUAAGCAAAUGAGAGCGAAAAAUGUGGAAAAAAUCAGUUUUGAAGGAAACAAGAAGCACGAAGCACUAGUGCUUUUUGAAGCACCAUUUAGGUCAGGGGGCAGAAGCACUACCAUGAUCUGCCCCUUGGGGUUUUCAUAG